CUAAUUCAGAACUCAACAAGGAUGUCUCUAAUAAAUCACAAUCCCAAUGUGCAACUGAUUCUUUACAAACACAUGAAGAUGAAUCUAAUGAGUUAGAUCUCGACUUAUAUGAGGAAUGUCAACCUUCAAUAUUUAAAGAGCUAUCAACUCCAUUACCAAAUCAAGAUAAAGAACCAUCGUUAAUGAAUUCAACUCUAGAAGUAAGGCUUCGAAUAUGGCUUGAAGAAUUGAAAUUAUUGCCAAAUUCCAAGCUCACAAAUGACAAUUUUCAACAACUUCUUGAAAAAUGUAAAUUAAUGUUUAAUGAAUUUUGUCAUACUUUCAAUAAAGACCUCAAGAAUCUUGCAAAAGAUUAUAUUAAGAAUUCUAGCAAUGAUAAUAGGGAUUAUCUAAAUAAAAGUAUAUUAAACAGAUAUAUUGAUCGCGAUGUUUCAAAAAAUAUUCUAAAUAAAUAUUUUACAAACACUGGAGAAUUGGAACUUACUAAAACGACACAAGAUGCAUUAAGAAAAUUUGUUCAGGCAGCAUUCAAGCUACAUGCAACCCACAUUCACAAAGAAGACAGACAUGAGUUUAGCUUAUACAAACAAGUUUUGAAAGACAUCAAAAGUUUGAAUUCUAUUACUCUAUCGCUUGACAUUCCAACAUGUGGAAAGUCGGACAUAUUGAGAUCAUAUUCUGAUUUUAAUGUUGCUGAAGUAGAAAUAGACAAUACAAGUCAAAAUUUAUUGGAAGAUUCUUUCACAAUUCAGUAUCAUCUAGCUUAUAGUUACAAUGAUUACCAAAAGAACAAUAACCAAGACGAUCAACAGGAGGACUAUCAACUGGAGGACGAUAACCAGCAGAAGGACAAUAAGCCGGGUGAUAUAUUUGAAGAACCUAAAAAUAAAAUAAAUGUUAUUGGCUUCAUAUUAGAAAUACCAACAAAUCAGCUUCCAAAAAACCUUGAAAAUGUGUUUAAUCCGUAUUUUGCUAAUUUUACUGAAAUGUAUUUUUUUAUUUGGGUAAAAAGACUUAUAGAAUGUAUACUGAAUCUUUUUAAUAAUGAAGGAAAUAAUGCUUUUUUAAAAAUAUGGAAAUCAAUUGAACUACCAAAAUUUUGGUCAAAGUUACCGAAUCCUAUUACUCAUCAGAAAAGUUUUAUGAUGUUAGAUUCAUUUUACCUUGCAAUGUUAAUGCCUCACAUUUUGAAUCGCUUUUUAAAAAUUCAACAUAUCAAAGAGAGUAUGAUUACUAACCUUGUAGAUACAACAAAGUGCCAACAUAGAGAUCAGAUAUUUCCAAAAUCUUUUCUCCAUCUUCCAAAUCUUCAUACCAAUAUGCAUCUAAUUGUGAAUGCCAAGAAUUAUAAAACUUUAGUUAAUACUGCCUGUGGUGUCAAAAAAGCUAUACAUGGUUUAUUCAAAAAUUUUGUUCUACAUACAAACAAAAAAAAUAUUGAUCUUGAUCUUUUAAGACAUUAUAACACACUCCAGGCAUUACAUUUUUGGCUUGAUCAUGGGCAAGAUGAAUGCGUUCCAGAUCCAAGUUAUUAUACAAAUUGCUCUCUAUUAAAACAAUUGCUCUCUGGAUGGUAUAUAACAAAAUCACCUGAUCAAAUUAUCAAUUUGGAAUAUGAAGAUAUCGAAAAGCUUUGGAAAAAUGUAAAAAUUCAGAAAAGAGGUUUUGGUGGUUGGAACUUUAAUAAAGAUAACAAUAAUCUUGACUUAGAUCUAUAUCAGGCUUAUUGUGAAGAAUUUAAAAUGUUCGCUGCACUAAAUACGUACAAAAUUUCGUUUUUUGACUAUAUCAGUUAUAUUGUAGUAGAAGACAAUGAUAAUUCUUCAGCAGAACACAAUACUGCCAGUUGUUAUAUUAAAGUUCAAGUUGGGAAUGUAGUAAAGUUAAGAGAGAUCAGUGAUACUGACGAUAACUUAUUUAUCUCAUUCGCAUUG